AUAACGUAUAUAAAGAUGAGGUAUACGAUUAUCCAUUGGAGCUUCAAUAAAAAGCUUCAAUUUACACAGCCAUGGUGGUUGUCUCCCACAUCUCCACUUCCUCCCACCAAAUCUCCCCUUCCUUCUUCCAUCUCCGUCUUCGAAUCCCCGCCACGUCGUCUCCUGCUUCUUCAUCUCGCCCCAAACGCGGCGGCGGCGGCGGCGGAGGAGGAUUCGCCUUGUCAAUCCGAGCAUACAUAGAGAAACCCAACUCAAUCUCCAGCUUCGCCAACACAGUCAUCGGUUCUCUCCCGGUUAUCGGACUCCUCGCCAGGAUUCUCAGCGAUGAAGGCGGCGUCGGAAGAGAUCUCGUCGAUUUCGCCGAGUUUCGCAAACGAGUUGGGAAUAAAUGCUCCCCUUCUGAUUCUAGGGCUUUCUACGAGUUCCAACAGCGAAGAGGCAAGGCAGGAGAACCUUUGUAUGUGCUUCUUUGCUGUUGGGUUGCUGCAGUAGGUGCAGGGCUUCUCAAAUCUGAAGAGAUCCUUGAAGGUGUUACGAGGGUUAGCAUUUCAAAUGAUCUCGAGUUCGAAGAACAGAACUUCAUUGCUUUGAUGACUCAAGCUAGGCAGAGAAGGGCAAAGUUGAACGUUGCUGCGCCAACAAUCCCGAUGGAAUUAAGAGUUGAAAAGGCUCUUGAAGGAAUCUAUGCUUGUUGCUUCAGGAGAGGAGUUAUAGAAGAGGAAGAUGAGAAGCUUCUUCAAGUGAUGCUAACCGCGGUUUUCCCAUCGGUUGACAAGUCUGAGAUAGAGAGAAUCAUCAAAGCCAAGGCUACGAGAGUCGCGGAAGGAGGAGAAGAAGAGAAUCUCAUGGCUGAGAAACGGCUGCCUAAAGAAGCUAUUCAAAUGCAAAGGAAGGAUCUUGAGUUCCUCCAACAACAAAACAUAGAAUCUUAACAAAUGGACCAACAUGUUUUCUCAGUUCGGAUAAAAAGAAAAUGCAAUAUUUUUAAGUGUAUCCAUGUUUGGUGUUACUUUAAUCAAGAAUUUAGCAGUCC